AUGUCUUCCGUCAAAGUGGCCGUCCGAGUGCGGCCUUUCAAUAAAAGAGAGAUCGAUCUAGACUGCAGCAACAUCAUUCGCAUGGUCGACAACAAGACUGUAAUACAGAAUCCCAAGUCUUCUGGCCAUGAUGAGGAUGCAAAAGAAUUCACCUUUGACCACUCAUACUGGUCCUUUGAUGAGAGUGAUGCACACUUUGCCUCUCAAAGCUUAGUUUUCCAGCACCUGGGCAAAGAGAUUGUAUCGGAUGCGAUUGAGGGCUACAACUCCUGCAUCUUUGCUUACGGCCAGACUGGAUCGGGAAAAACGCACACAAUGAUGGGCGAUAGCAGCUCUGAGGGUCUCAUUCCUCGAAUCUGUCAGUGGCUCUUCCAGCAGAUGUCCUCUACUGAAAAGAACAGCGAAACUGUUUCUAACAGGACUGAAAUAAGCUACUUGGAAAUUUACAAUGAGCAAGUUCGAGACUUGUUGGACAGUAACCAGGACAUCAACGGCAACUUUCGGCGACCAUUGAAAGUUCGCGAAGAUCCGAAGAAGGGCCCUUACGUAGAGAAGCUUUCAAAGCACAUGGUUUGCUCGUAUGAAGAGAUUCUCGAGCUCAUGCAAAAGGGCAACGCCAAUCGAACCACUGCUGCUACCAGUAUGAAUGACACCAGCUCUCGCUCUCACGCUAUCUUCACCAUCUCGUUCAGCAAGGCGUCCUACGUGGCAAAUAAUCCUUACGAGACGAUAUCUAAAAUCAACCUGGUCGACCUUGCUGGCAGUGAGCGCGCUAAUGCCACUAACGCGCAAGGACAACGUCUCGUUGAAGGUAGCCACAUUAACAAAUCAUUAGUCACACUGGGCAGCGUCAUUUCCAUACUGGCAGAGAACUGCAAAAAGAAUAAUAAAAAGAAAAGCUUUAUCCCCUAUCGUGACUCCAUCCUCACUUGGCUUCUCAAAGACAGCUUAGGAGGCAACUCAAAGACUGUCAUGGUGGCCACCAUUUCUCCAGCCGAUGUUAACUACGGCGAAACACUGAACACGCUGAGGUAUGCGAAUCGGGCAAAGAACAUUCUCAACAAGCCGCACAUCAACGAGGACGUUCAGACAAAGUUGAUUCGUGAGCUGCGCUCUGAAAUUGAACGACUCAACUCGAUGAUUAAUCAGAACCCGACGCUGACUGGGCGAAUCCAGGAAAGCGAGGCGAAGGUGAACAAGCUGACUGAAGAAUGGAUGAACAAGUGGGACGACGUCAAAAGCAUCUUCAAGGAGCAGGACUUUAUUGCCAUCCGAAAGUCGGGCAACUUUGGUCUCAUCCUCGACUCUGAUCGACCCCACCUGAUCGUCUGCGUUGAUGACGAUGUCCUCAGCACCGGUGUCACGCUGUACCACCUGAACGACGGCACUACCUCAAUAGGCACCAAGUUUGCCGACACCAAGCAAGACAUCGUGAUUAACGGCGGCUCUGAUGUGGAAGAUGAGCACUGUACCAUUCACUGGAAUAGCAAGGACAAUGUGGUGACGCUAAAUCCAAUCAACAAGGCGCUUUGCUUUGUCAACAAUACCCUCGUCGAAGGGCCAACCGUCCUCCAUCAGGGUUGUCUGAUUGUUUUUGGCGAGAACAUGUACCGUUUCAGUAAUCCACUUGAGGUGAAAAACUUGAAGCAAAAGGCCAACCAGGACACCUCCUUUCUCAAUCGCUCAUCCCACUUGAUUAGCUCUACCUCAUACGACAGCAUGUACACCUCUGUCAACUCCAUCAACAAUAAGAAGGCGCUCAUGAGUAGCUUUGCCUCUAGUCACGGACUGAAUGAAAACGAUGAGGAAGGAAUUCAAAACGCUACAUCUUCUUCAGAUGCUGAAACCAGCUGCCUGUCGGACAAGUUUGCCCUCGUCAAUGAAGAGCUCAAUUUCAUAAAGGCUUUCUUGCUUGAACUUCAGCGAGUUAUAAAGUGCGACAGUGAAGAGCCAACCCGAAGUCUGAUGGAAACGUUUGUGGAUAUUGUUGUUCAAAUUGGCAAAGAUGAACACUUCUCAAAGGAGCGAAUUUUGACCAUUCUCUCGUUCAUCAACAAACUGGAGCUCAAUGAUGUGAGGGGAUCAGACGAGGCGGCCAUCCAAAAGGUGGGCGACUUUCUGAUGGCCAAGUUGAACACCCUCAAAGUGCAGGUGAAGGACGAGAUGAAGCUCGACUACAUGAACAACAAUGAAGCUGCAAGCAACAACUCCACUGUGGAUGAUAGUACCACCACCACCAGUACUACCAGCGACAGCGGCGAGCAGAUGGCCGAAUCUGCAUUGACCGAAUCCGCCUACGGCCAAUUGUGUCACCUUGCCUCUGAAGUCGACUCAAACAUGGCUUUGCUCAGUCAGUGCGUCAACCAGCUAAACAUUGCCAAUCAGGCGGCCAGCUCGGAGAUUAACAGUAUCACAAGCUCAAACUCGACCGUCACCCCAGUCACAUCUAGUCAGCAGCAGCAGCCGGCGAACGGCCAGUCGCUGGAAGAGAUCAUCGAAAGUGAAGUGCAACGACGCCUGGAGCUGCACCUUCAGGGCAGCACCUUUGACUCACGCACAACCACUAAUUCAGAGCACAGUUUUGAAGCCACCAACUUGAAUCUCGUCCCAAAGGAGCUCAUGUGCUCGACGCCGUUGCUUUCGAGCACUUCUCCGAGGGAACACGCCACCAAAGUGGGUCGUUCACUGUCUGUGACCUACGAAGAGCUUGAUCAAAUUGAAAUAUACAUCCCUGCAUUUCACAUUCUCUAUCAUCCCGAUGAACACUACGAAUAUGAGAUCAAAGUGCAUUGGCAUCAACAGCGACAAGUGGACAAUCUUCCGCCGUUACCGAAGCUUUCUGCAGCUGCACAAGUUCAUCCGGGCAAUGUACGGGAAUCGGAUAAACAUGCCACUGUUUCCACGCAAAAGACUGUGGAACAAUAUGAAUGA